GCCUCCAGCGCAGCGCCACCGCCACCGCUACCGCCAGCGUGCUCGCCGCGGCCUGGAGUCUCCUCUCCUCUGCGCCGGCACUGGAUGCCUGAAUGCAGAAGUGUUCAGCGUAACAGCCUGACCGUCCAACAGGAGAGGUAUCCAGACGCUGUAGCCAUGACAGCCGCCGUGGACCCCGCCUUCAAGGCCAUCCCCAAGGGCAGUACGGCUUUCAUCAUAUGGAGGAUCGAGAACAUGCAGGUGGUGCCGCUUCCAAAAGCUCAGUACGGGAACUUCUACGAUGGUGAUUCUUACAUCGUGUACGCCGCCUCUGAAUAUGGCAAGUCGACUGGAACUGAUUCCAAGGCGGAGCCGGUGCGCGGCUCGGCGGAGGUGCACCUGCACUACUGGCUGGGCGCGGAGACUUCGCAGGACGAGGCGGCCACGGCGGCCUACAAGACGGUCGAGCUGGACGACUACCUGGGCGGCAGCCCCAUCCAGCACCGCGAGGUCCAGGGCGCCGAGUCGGCGCGCUUCAAGGCCUACUUCAGAUCCGGCAUCACAGUGCUGAAGGGUGGUGUGGCGUCCGGGCUGAAGGAGGUGACGGACGAUUUCGAGCCGCGACUGUUCCGCAUCAAGGGACGGCGGCUACCCACAGUCACGCAAAUGCCAUCCAUCAGCUGGGAGCACUUCAACAGCGGCGACGUCUUCAUCCUCGACACCAAGGACACCAUCUUUGUGUGGACAGGCAAGAAGUCCAACCAUGCAGAAAGGCUUCAGGGAGCCCGGGUAGCACAGAAGUUAAAGGCAGAGCAUGAUGCUACAUCAGUGGUGUUCCUGGAGGAUGGUAGAGAGGAGAAGAUGCACCAGUCAGAGAAGAAGGUGUUCUCGGAGUACUUGAAUCUGAGGGAGCGAUCAGUGAGGAGCGCCGAAGACAGCCCUCCAGAUGAGACGUUCGAGCAGACUGCCCGCUCCGCUCUCACACUGUACCAGUGCAGUGAUGAUGGUGGCACUUGCAAGGUUACUGAAAUCAAAGCAGGGCCUCUCUACCAGAGUGAUCUCAUCUCCACUGACUCCUUUAUUAUUGACAAUGGUCAAUAUGGUAUAUGGGUUUGGAUUGGAAAGAAAGCCUCACAGAAGGAGAGAUCUGAAGCAAUGGCAAAUGCAAAUGGAUUUGUGACGAAGAAAGGAUAUCCUGUCACAACACCUGUGACCCGUGUUGUAGACGGUGGUGAACCAGUAGAAUUUAAGAUGUUAUUUUCAUCUUGGAAGGACAAGAAUCAAACUACAGGAAUUGGAAAAGCAGCUACAGUGAACCACAUUGCAGUUACUGUUCAUACAAAACUUGAUGCAUCAACACUUCAUGAGAAACCACAACUGGCUGCAAAAUCUCAGCUAGUUGAUGAUGGUUCUGGAACAAAAGAAGUAUGGAGAGUGAAUAAUUUUGAACUUGAUAAACUGCCACAGGAUCGGCAUGGGUUGUUCUUUGAAGGAGAUUCUUAUGUCAUUCAUUAUAAAUACAAUGUGGGCAGUCAAGAAAAUCACAUCAUUUAUUAUUGGCUGGGUCUACACUCACCUGCAGACGAACGUGGUACUGCUGCCUUGAAGACUGUUGAGAUGGACACUGCUUUAGGAGGUAUAGCUGUACAAGUACGUGUUGUCCAAGGCAAGGAGCCACCACACUUCCUCACCAUCUUCAAAGGCCGAAUGCUCAUUAUGGGUGGAGGCCAUAUAUCAUCAUUUGAAAAAGGUGAUGAAAAUUCUGUGGAAGAGAAAAAAGAAAUAAAGAAAAUUCCAGAACAGUUCCUGCUACAUGUCAGAGGGAAUGGUGAUACCAACACAAAGGCCAUUGAGGUUGAUUUAAGAGCAGCUUCGCUAAAUUCAAAUGAUGUAUUUGUUCUAAAAAAUCAUGCUGAUACAUUUGUGUGGUGUGGAAAAGGAGCAACUGGUGAUGAGAGAGAAAUGGCAAAGAAAAUUGCAGAUUUUGUAUCGAAAGGAGACUACACUCUUGUGUAUGAAGGACAAGAAAAACCUGACUUUUGGGAAGCUAUUGGAGGUAAAGAAGAAUAUGCCAAUGACAAGAGGCUUACUGAACCAAAUGAAACAUUUCCAGCAAGGUUGUUUCAGCUCUCCAAUGCUUCUGGAAAAUUUACAGCGGAAGAAAUUAUUAACUUCACUCAAAUUGAUUUAAUAGAAGACGAUGUCAUGAUGCUGGAUACAUAUGAUGCAGUGUACUUGUGGAUUGGUAAAAAUUCUAAUGAAGAGGAACGUAAACUGGCAGUGGAAGCUGCUUCAGAAUAUAUUAACACAGACCCUACUGAACGUGACAGUGACACACCAAUUCUCCUCAUAAAGCAAGGGUAUGAGCCACCUACAUUCACAGGUUUCUUUGGUGUGUGGGACAGAGAUCUUUGGAAUAACUCCAAAACUUUCAAGGAGCUUUGUGCUGAGAUACAAGGAGAAAAUCCUAUAAUAGAAGUAGAUACUGAAAAGAUUGUUGAUGGUAAUGGAUUUGAAGAUUAUCCCAAAUACCCACUGGAGGUCCUUCAGAGCAAAGAAGUGGACAGUUUACCAGAGGAUGUAGAUAAACUCCAUAGAGAGGUACAUUUGACAUCAGAAGAUUUUAGAGCAGUAUUCAAUAUGUCAUAUGCAGAUUUCACUGGUUUACCAGCUUGGAAACAGAACAACCUCAAGAAAGCAAAUGGCCUAUUUUGAAGAUCUAUUGUCACUGAUGUAAAUAUUCUUGUCUACUUUCAAAAGGCAACUUCAGAAUGAGAUCAUACAAAAAAUUGUCAAAAUGUAUUCUGUGUUUUACAAAUUAAUGUUUAAUUUAUAACUCACAUCAGGUGCCAUUCCUUUCUGGGCAGUAUUGUUAUUUGCUGUACUUGCUUUAGUGUAUGACAGUUUUGUAAAUAAAUAUUUUAAACGUA